GUAAUAGUGUAAUACUCCAUACUUCUAAUCUCUUUUCUUAACAAAACUAGAAUCUCUUUCAGUUUUUCUACUCCGUAAUAAGCAACACUUUAAUUUGGUGGGUAGAGUUCUUUUUUUUUUUUUGAAACAUUGACGAUGACGAUCCAACAAGAAGAUGAUCUUGUUAAUGACACAGAAAACUGGAAUUUGAAGAAAACCCAGAAGAAAAAAAUCAUAAAGAUUGAUGCUAAAAAGGUGUUGAUUGGAGCUGGAGCUAGGAUCUUCUUCUACCCAACUCUUCUCUACAAUGUUCUUCGCUAUAAAAUUGAAUCUGAUUUCAGAUGGUGGGACCAAGUUGAUCAGUUUUUGUUUUUAGGUGCUGUGCCAUUCCCCAAAGAUGUUGAACGAUUGAAGCAACUUGGUGUUAGUGGGGUGAUUACCCUUAAUGAACCAUUUGAGACUCUGGUUCCUUCGUCAAUGUACAAGGCUCAUGGAAUGGAGCAUCUCAUCAUCCCAACCAGAGACUACCUGUAUGCUCCUUCCUUUGAUGAUAUCAAUAGAGCAGUAGAUUUUAUUCAUCAUAAUGCAUCUUGUGGUAGAGCAACUUAUGUACAUUGUAAAGCUGGGAGAGGAAGGAGCACAACUGUUGCACUUUGCUACAUGGUCAAGUACAAGCAAAUGACACCAUCAACCGCCAUGGAUGUAAUACGUGCAAAACGACCUCGAGUGUUAUUGACUUCUAUGCAGGCCAAGGCUGUUCAACAAUAUUAUAGCACCUGUUUCCCUGAUUCUGGACACUCUCCUUCAAGCGAUGAAGUCUUGAUAACGCAGGCUGAUCUUGAGGGAUACAAAGAGACUUCUGAUGAUACUUCCAGAAACAAAGACGUAUUCAUCCCUAAAGCAGUUACAACAAGCCUUUCUUCCAUCCUCUCGUCUUUGACCAUUGCUUGUAGUUGUGUGUCAAUUCGAACCCAGCAGCCAAAGCGAACUGCGUGCUAGUAGAAAAUUAGGAACCAGAUACACAAGUGUCCCAAUGACAUUUCCAUCAAUCUGCUACUUCUGUUUAGUCCCAUCUUAGACUCAUUCUCACUUGAGAUGAGGAAAUUAUGCAUUAGAUUUUGCAAUUGGCUCUCAUAAGAAGGGAUGAUAUGAGCUGGUGUUCCAUGAAUCCAUGACAGUAGAGAGUAGUGUACAGAUGAAGCAAAUCACAUUCUUUCAAUAGAUUUAAUUGUUGAUUGUCACUCAUACAAUACCUGUAUUUUUGCCCUCUAUAUUGUAAUUAUUCUGCCUGUAUAUAACUCAUACUGUACACCCGUAUUGUUCACCUUUCUGACAUUCUUAAUAUACAAUACAACUUUUGCGCUGCCUGACUUUGUUGUUA